AUGGACACAGCAUCCUCGUAUAGUAGUGACCACAGCGUUGAGGACCGCAAGGCUGCUCAGCAGCAGAUGAUGCAGUUGAAUAUGAUCAUAGAAAGUCAGAAGACUAUGGUCAAACUCACCGGUCUAUGCUUCGACAAAUGCGUAUCGACCCCGGGCAAGUCCCUGUCCACUUCAGAGCAGACCUGUCUGUGGCGCUGUGCCCAGAAUAUGAUGGAGACCAAUGUGUUCAUGCAGAAGAGGCUAACUCAGCAAGCUAAACAUCAGUAG